CGUUUCGUUGUGAAAAUGACGGGCUUUAGCAAUAAGGCCAUAGUGAUCGAUGGCCGUGGUCAUCUGCUGGGCCGUCUGGCGGCAGUCAUCGCCAAGGUCCUUCUCGAAGGGAACAAAGUUGUUGUGGUUCGCUGCGAACAAAUCAACAUCUCUGGCAACUUCUUUAGGAACAAACUCAAGCUUAUGUCAUUCCUGCGUAAGAGGUGCAACGUGAAUCCUGCUCGUGGACCUUUCCAUUUUAGAGCUCCAUCUAAGAUUCUAUGGAAGACUGUAAGAGGCAUGAUCCCACACAAAACAGAGCGUGGCAAGAAUGCUCUUAGGAGGCUACGUACAUAUGACGGGUGCCCUCCUCCCUUUGAUAACCGUCGACGUGUUGUAGUGCCUGCUGCUCUACGUGUCUUCUGUCUGAAACCUGGCCGUAAUUACUGUCAUGUAGGCAGACUGUCCCAUGAAAUUGGAUGGAAAUACCGUGAUGUUGUUCGUAAGCUUGAAGACAAGAGGAAGGGCAAGGCUGUUAAGAGAGUUGCCUAUGAAAAGAAACUUAAGAGGAUCACCAAGGAUGCUGGUGAGAAGGUGUCGAAGGCGACAACACCAUUCACUACCAUCAUCCAAUCCUAUGGAUACAAUUAGGACUAAGAAAUUAUAACAAAAAUAAACCUUUUGGUUGCCAAA